GGAACGGAGGCGGAGGAGGGGGAAGGAGAAGCGUGUUGCACCGAGCCGAAGUGGGCGAGGAUGGGCAUGAGAGGGCUUCCCGACCUUCUCCGGGCAGGUAGAAGAUGCUUUCCGCAGGUUCCAUUUGGUUCAUCUUCACUUCAACCUUUAUAUCUUCUACUGUGUCACAAGAAAUCAACAUAUGUCACACCCCUGAAUUCUGCAUCAGCAGCUGAGAAUUUUAAGGAGGCCAAUUGUGCAAUAGAUGACUUGUAUUCUACUGAGCAGAAAUCUACUGUUUUGCAGCUACUAAAUUCAGCAUCCGAGAAAGAACUUAGUGCUGUGAAACUAAUGCGAGGAAGGAAAUCCGUGAACAUAAUAGAGUACAGGAACAAGCACGGGCCAUUUCGGAAUUUACAGUGUUUACUAGAAGUGCCUCUUUUUCAGUAUAAGACAGCUGUUAAAGUCUGCAACUUUAUUCUCAAUCCCAAUGCAAAAGAAGAAAGAAAAGAGAAAAAAACACAGAGUGUCACGUCUGCAAUGAAAUAUAUCAAACCUGAUAUAGAAAGAGAGAGGCUGGAGACUGCCAAUAACAUUGUAUCCAUUGUUUUUGGCACUCGCAAAAUUGCAUGGGCUCAUGUUAAUAGACACUUGACCGUUCAGGAUUGGCAGCAGCAGGAGUGCACUAUGUUUAUGAAAGGUGCUUAUAUGCCAGCCGUCUAUCUUGAAGAGAUUUCUUCAGUAAUAUCCCAGCUUCCUGAAGCAGAUUUUUAUGUCUUGGAAAAAAGCGGACUUUCUACUCUGAAUGCAAAUUUGUUUCCAGUAACGUUACAUCUUCGUACAGUGGAAGCCAUGCUCUAUGCGUUGUUACAAAAAACAUUUUCGCAGGAUGGCCAGUACAAAGUAUUAAGUAUGGCCCGAAGUGCUGUAGGAAAGCACUUUGAGUUGAUGGUUGGGGACUCGCGAACUAGUGGAAUAGACCUUGUGAAACAGUUUCUCUUAGAAUCUGUUAUGCAUGCUGAGCCCCGUGUGAACUUUUCAAGAGAGCAGGUAGUAAAUUAUCAAAAUUUAUUGUCAUCAAACAAACAGUGGAGAGACGAAGAGCUGUGUGAUUCCUUGCUGCAGGCAAUAGCUUUUUAUGAGCUACUGAUACUGAACAAUACGGCUUAGUACUUAUCUUAUUCAGUUUUGUUCUUUGCUGCUAUCGAUGAUAUGUGCAAUUAAGUUGCAACUGAUUCACUGUACACGGGGUGCUGGACAGCAUGUGAUAGGAAAACAGCAUUUAAUUCCUGCUGAGAUACUAAACUUAUAAAAUGUGUAGAAACACUUUUGUGUCAGGAUUGUUGAUAGCAACAUGAGGUGUUUUGUAGGUUAGGAUUGAGUGGAAAAAAGUGGAAGAACAUAAAACAGGAUCAUUUUAACCAUGGUUAGCAACAGCCUUACAGCAUGAAUUAAGUGACAGGUGUAUAAACCCGUGGUGCAGUGCCUAAAACCAGACAUGGGGAACCUCUAAGCCCUCCAGCUAAUGGUCAGGAAUGAUGGGAGUUGUCCUAAAACACAUGCAGGGGAGCUGUAACCUAAACCUAGUUCUUGUUAUAUUUACAUGAGACUUGCAUCAAAGCCAGGGAUAGCUAAUGUGGCAUGUUCUAGAUAUUGUUGGCCUCUCAACUCCCAUCAGCCCUGGUGAGCAUGGCCAAUGGUCAGGCAUGAUGGGAGUUAUCAUUGAGCAAUAUCUAGAGGGCAUGCAGUUAGCUAACCUUGCCUUAGAUGCAGGUCUAAUGUGAAUGUAACAUGAUCUACAUUUAGAUUACAGAUGGGGUACCUGCUCCCAUUUCCGACAACUAUGGUCUCAUUAAUAACGUGUCUGUACGUAAACCAAAUCAGAUGUUUAGAUUCAUGCUAUAGGCCCAUUUCCUUUCAGAGCUGCUACUUUCCUUAUAGCUCCACAUAGCAACUAUGGAGGCUAAAUCUAAAGAAAAAAGUUACCAUCGCUAACAAGUCUUGGAUCAUCUACUGUUUGCCUCUGCUGUCCAAAGUAACGAAACAAAGAUGCAGUAUGCUAAAUGCUUGGAUUCUAUGGAACGUUUUGGAUAGGUCUUCAAUGCUUGUCAGUUGAUAUGCUUAUAUGGUGGUGCAGUUUCCCUAGACAACAGGGUUGACCCAGUGGACUAGAUGAGCAUUUGGUUUGAGCGGGCAAGGCUCUUAAAAUUAUAACAUUUUGCUGCUACUUCAAAAAGCUUUCCACAGCUCUUGAUACAAGAUCUUCUGAUUGCUUCAAAGAGAACGACACUAAGGAUUUUAAUGGUUUGGGGCUGCAUUUUAGUAUAAGCCAUUCAGAGAACCUUAGAGAUGGAGGGGCAAAGAGUUGUUCUUAACAUAUACAUACAGGCUAUUUUCCCAACCUAUCAACGUGUAUGCAGCGGUCUUCAGCUAUUUUUAAAUGAUUUCCUCGUUCGGAAGUAUGAUUAAUGGUUAUAACUGGGGAUAAUGUCUACUCUUACAUCUAAAAGUCACCCUGCAAGAAAUACGUUUCAAAGCCCAUCCAGAAAUUUAUUAUUUCACUGUAGGUAAAAAAUUAAAAAAACAACCCAGAAGAACUUCAAGUGUAGUAGUAGGAAAAUAUCUGACAGUAUAAAAAUAAAAUGUACAGGGUUACAGAUAAAUACAGAUAAAUACGACUAUACAACCCAGUAGAACUUUUAGUAUAAAUUUACAAAACAGAUUAUUUUCUCCCAACUGAUUGAAGACCUUACUGUGUUGGCGAAAAAAGCAUUACUGGCUCAUAUGCACACACAUAAAACCAAGCCCAAAUGCAGCCUUUGCAAUGAAACAGCAAAAAAGUUUACGGUUACCUCAUUAUCAGUUGGCUAAUCUUUUCCCAAGUAGCACCAUACUUAUGUGGAAAUUAGAAUAGCACCUUAUAAACACGGUAUUAUGCCUGAAUAUAUGGGACAAAACCCACACCCUAAAAAGUCAGCCAAUCCAGUAGUUGCAGCAAUGGGCUUGAUAUACUUCAGGUUGUAUUUGAACGCAUCUUGUGUAGAAUUCAACACAUUGUCACUUCACAUUUGGAACGUGGAAAGUACCUUGGCAAUAGAUAUAUACAAAAUACAAUUUGUAUUUUUAAAUACUUAAAAGAUUCAAAAUAUAAGCAGCACUCUGUACAUAUAAAUUCAUUAAUGUAUAUUCAAAGGUACUACAGGUUUGUUUUAUGGAAAGUCAUUUGCCAGGCUGUUCAAAAUUUCUCUUGGAAAAUCAAAGUGAAUUCCUUCAAGGUAGUGGAGAAAUCUGUUGGAAAAGAAAUGAAGAAAAAUUGUAUUCUUGAAAGAAAGAAGGGAAAGAAAAUGCAGCAUGCUAAAAGUGACAUGAAAUUUACAUGACACUUAACCAGUUAGGAUAUUUAGUACAUUUUGUCUACAUGAAUAUCAGUUUUGAUGCACAGGUCCCACUGAGUUUAAUACUAAGUGAGCAUAGGAUUGCAGUGUAUGUCUCCUGAUAAGAUAUGAACAUGAUUGUGUUGCUAAUAACAUGAAUAAAAAUUACCUUCUUUUGGCUUUCCCCUGUUCUUUCUGUUUCUCCAACUUGCAGAUGUUGCGGAGAAUAGGCAGGUAAUCCAUUACACUUGCUUGUCUGUUACAAAGAUUUAAAGAAGGUCUACUGGAAAAUACAGUUUCGAUUAUUUCCAACCUCUUCUGUGCAUUAUGGUAAAUGCUGCAAAAGAAAAGCACAUAGGUUUUUCCCUGUCCCAGCUAUAGUUUAACAAGAAAUAACAGAUUAAAUUUCAGCAAGUGUGCCCAAUGUACAAUCACUGUUACACUGUGCUGAACUAGUAUAUAUUUAAUUCCUGAAUUUUUAUGUUCCAGUUCUAGUAUUAUUGCCCUUAUAGAACCCAGGAUUUAGCCUCAAGCAAGAAUCCAAUUGAAAGCAAACAUUUUUCAAAUAUACUACAAUAAGUAGUUCUGAUGUAGAUCUCAAAGCUUGUGUCCUUCUUGGGAAUAGUAGAUUGCAGCCCUAUUCAGUUUGAAUCUGCUUGGGCAUUGACCGAUAUUGUCUCUGGCACGUCUGAACAGAAAAAAGGUGGUGUAGAUGGUGGAGCAAUACCUGCCUUUAUUUCCUUGCUGGCUUCCCCCCAUAUGCACAUCAGUGAGCAAGCUGUGGGGGGUUUAGGAAAUAUUGCAGGUGAUGGUUCUGCCUACAGAGACCUGGUUAUUAAAUAUGGUGCACUUGAACUGCUUUUGGCUCUGCUUGCUGUUCCUGAUCUCUUCUAUAGCUCUUGGCUACCUGCACAAUGUAACCUGGACUCUGUCAAACCUCUGCCGUAACAAUAACCCUGUGUCACCCAUAGAAGCUGUAAAACAAUUUGACUGACAUCCUAUCCCCUUUUUAAAUGUGGGUUUUUUGGGGGGGGGUUUAUUGGGUCAUCGUUUUUAUUUUGAUUAUAUAUUUUGUGGUUUUAUAUUUCAAUUUUGUUCUGUGAACAGCCCUGAGACCUCCGUGUAUAGGGUGAUAUAUAAAUUCAAUAAAUAAAUAAAUAAAUUAGUUUUGUGAGAUUUGCCUGGAAAAUGGUAUAUGCAUUACUUAAAUAAGUAAUAGCUUUGAAAUUAGGUAGCAUGUGUCCCAAAUAGGAGGCUUAAAAGAAAGCCAGCCACAGAACUUCCAAAUGUGGUCACCUUUUUACCUGUGUCUCAAGGUGAUCUUUAACUCAGGCAUGACCCUGUUUAAUGUCAGCUCACAGCCAGGCAGCUGACUCAGGAUACUCAGCCAAAGCUUACUGACAUCUGCAAUCAAUAAUGUUGCCGUUUCAAUUCCAGAACAUUGUUUUAUCUGUUUAUUUCUAUGUUUUACCACCUCUUACCAGUUCACAGGGGCUUGCUGCGCAUGGUCAUGCAAAAGGCUCAAACUGUGGGGCUGGCAGAGAAAAGAUUCCAUGUAUUUAACUUGCAAGGUCCUUUUGCUGUCAAAAUCUCUUCCUUCCCUACAUUUCACACAUGACUGGGCAGCCCCAUAUUUGAAAGAUGGUUCUGCUACCGUCUUUGUUAUAGCUAAACUGAGGCUGAAACCAGACCAAAAAAACCCCCUACUAAAAACCAGGCAUCGCUAAGACUCCAAUUGAUGUUAGAGUAUUAGUGAAUAUGUGUAAUAAUUAAACACUAUAAUUAGCCGACAACCAACAUUCCAUGGCUCUUCCAAAGCAUACAUGGA